UGGUGGCGUCAAAUUUUCAAUUUCAAAUUCAACUUUAGCUUAUCAUUGAUCGCAGCAAAACCCGUGAUUGGUUUUGACCGACGAAAGAUUCGAGCAGAUGCUAAUUAGUAUCCAAUUUUUAUGUCUUUUCAUUCCAUGAAUGCAUGGCAUUGGCAUGUGCACACCAAAUGUUUGAUUAUUUGCGCCACCCAGCACAGAAAAACAGUUCCUCGAUUAUGAACACAAGCAUGAACGUAGACAACCUUGGAAGAGCUGAAUGCGGAUGAACUUGAGGCAGUUCUUCUGCAAGGUUAACCUGUUCAACGGGUUAACCUUGCAAGUGCAAACUCGUUGCUAUGCUCGUUGUCGUGACCCAUUUCCUACCAAAGUUUCUCACUACCUAAACCGUGCCAAGUUCAUUGACUCCAUUCGACUCACUCUACGCUCCAAUACCCUCAACUCCUCACUUCCUUCUCUCAUAAACCACCGUCUCUUUGACUCUUUCGUGGUCACUCACGCACUGCGUUCUGCACCUUCUGCAGAUUCCGCUCUCUCCCUUGUCGAUGCCCUUGAAAAAAGUUCCCGUUUUUCGCAUACCCACAACACACUCCAUGCACUUGCCACUGUUCUUGCUAAGUCUGGUCGAUGCGCUGACCUCAAAUCUCUUGUUGAUGCUAUCCGAGCUAACCAGUUUGGCACUGUUCAGAUUAGCUUUAUGAAUCUCAUGCAGUGGCAUGCUGCAGCUAGGGACCUUGACUCUGUUCUUCAAGUCUGGGAUCAGUAUAGACUUGAAAAUGACAGUGUCUGCACUGAAUCUUAUAACAUUGUUAUGGCUCUUUAUGCACACAUGGGAAAGGACUCUGAGGCUGUUGGAGUUUUUCGCAGGAUGAUUGAUGAAGGGUCGCUUCCUAAUUGCAGAAGCUAUACUGUAAUAAUCGAGCACCUUGUGAAAUCCUUGAAAUUGUCUGAAGCCAUGGAGGUGUUUCACCUGUUGCCUUCAAUGAGGAUCAAACGCACUUUGAAACAGUACUCCGUUCUGAUUGAAGGUUUCAUGGGUAGCAAACGGUUUGAUGAAGUCGGAAUUUUGGUUGAUGAAAUGCAAGGUGAUGGAAUAUUGCCUAGUAGAGGCUUGAGUUUGUUGCUACAGCAGAUGCAGGAGGAAGGUAUUCUUAAGGAGAAGGACCAAUUAUUUAGAGAAAUUUUGCCCAAUGAAAGAAUCAAGAAUGUGAGUUAUUCUAUUGAUAGCGGUGAUAAGGAUGAGGAUGAGGAUGAGGAUGAAGAUGAAAAUGAGGGAGAAGAUGAGAAGAUAAGUGGAGCUUGUCAAUGUGAUCAAGUUGAUGGGAUUCAUUUAAAACCAUGGCUGGAUCCGCGGGCUUUGGCCAGUGCCUUGAAGAAUUGGAGUCCUGAUGAAGUAGCAGCACUAGAGGGUGCUGACUUUGUAUGGACAACCAGGUUGGUUUGCAAGAUGCUUAGAAAUUUCAAAACACCAGAAGUUGCAUGGAAUUUCUUCUGCUGGGUUGCUAAUCAACCUGGAUUUACUCAUGACAAAUACACUAUACAAAGAAUCAUGACCCUUUUAGCACGCCAUGGACGUACUGAGUUGGUUGAUAGACUCAUCUCCAAGAUCAGAAUGGAGGGAAUGAGACUACCAUUCAGCACCAUCAGGCUAAUCAUUGACUUUUAUGGGAUUUCAAAAAAUGCUGAUGCUGCUCUCAAGGUUUUCAAUGAUGAUCGAAGACUUUGUGGGCCCAUAUCAAAAGUUAAUCUUAUGAUUCUGUAUUCCUCUCUUCUAAGAACAUUAACAAAGUGUGGAAGAAAUGCUGAUGCCCUGGACAUGCUUGAUGAUAUGAUUUUAAAUGGUAUUUGCCCAGAUAUCCAGACAUUUUCAGGCCUCAUGCGCUAUUUUUCACACCUUGGAGACAUAAAAACAGUGCAGAGACUCUUUGCAAUGGUUAGGCAGAGCGGUCUAGAGCCAGAUGCUUAUUUGUUCAAGGUAUUAAUACAAGGUUAUUGCAAGUCAAACAGAGCUGCACUUGCAUGGAGGCUAUUUGAAGACAUGAAGAAUUCAGGUCUGGUGCCUGACUCAUCCACAAAAGAGUUGCUAGUGAAGAGCCUCUGGAAAGAGGGGAGACGCAGGGAGGCUGCAGCGGUGGAAGAGAGUUGCGAGGAAAUAAAUAUGGUCCUUCCACUCGCAUUGCAGGGUCAUGUAUGGACUGUCAGCUCUGCAGAUCUCAUAAGAGUUUAUAAUAUUUAUUCAAAUUGUUUCGCUUAAAAAGGGGGAAGGGGAUUUUUCAUGCAUGAAAUUGCACCACACAUUAUAACAGAUGAAAAACAAUACCCAAAGUCCUUGAGAUUUUUUCAGAAGCGGAGAGGGCUGCAACAAUAUGUUUAAGUUGCAGUAAUUAUUAGAGUUCUGACAGCUACCAUAUGUUUCAUUGUAUCCACUUCAUCAAGUACUAGAAAUCAUAUUUACUUAAUCACAAAAUUAUU